AUGGCAACAAAUUCUAUCAAAUUACUGGCACCGGACGUCCAUAGGGGGCUCGCUGAACUCGUUGCAAAAAGGUUGGGUCUACCUUUGACUGAUACUGUACUAAAAAGAGAUCCAUCGGGCGAAGUGUCGUUCUCCAUCGGAGAAUCUGUUAGAGAUCAGGAUAUCUUUAUCAUCACACAGAUUGGCUCCGGAGUUGUAAAUGACAGAGUUCUAGAGCUCUUGAUUAUGAUCAACGCUUCCAAGACAGCCUCUGCAAGAAGAAUAACAGCUGUGAUCCCAAACUUCCCAUAUGCGAGACAGGACAGAAAGGAUAAGUCUCGUGCUCCAAUCACAGCGAAGCUGAUGGCAGACAUGCUUACGACCGCUGGGUGUGACCAUGUUAUCACAAUGGAUCUGCAUGCUUCUCAAAUACAAGGUUUUUUUGAUUCUCCAGUGGAUAACCUUUAUGCCGAACCAAGUGUCGUAAGGUAUAUCAAAGAGAAUGUCAACUUUAAAGAGUCUAUUAUUGUGUCACCAGAUGCUGGAGGAGCCAAACGUGCUGCGACUUUAGCUGACCGUCUGGACCUCAAUUUCGCCUUGAUUCAUAAAGAGAGAGCUCGUGCCAAUGAGGUGUCCCGUAUGGUCCUUGUCGGUGACGUCACUGACAAAAUUUGCAUUAUCGUGGAUGAUAUGGCCGAUACUUGCGGUACCUUAGCGAAAGCUGCUGACGUGCUGCUGCAAAACAAUGCUAAAUCUGUCAUUGCAAUUGUCACUCAUGGCGUUCUGUCCGGCAGAGCUAUUGAAAACAUCAACAACUCCAGACUGGACAGAGUGGUCUGUACCAACACCGUGCCGUUCGAAGAGAAGAUGAAAAUCUGUCCUAAACUGGAUGUCAUCGAUAUCAGCAGUGUGCUAGCGGAAAGCAUCCGUAGAUUGCAUAAUGGUGAAAGUAUAUCUUAUUUGUUCAAACAUUCCCCGCUAUGA